GCCACAGGCCGAGGACAGGAACGGGCCAUGGACCGGGACAGGACAGGACAGGCCGAGGACAGGAACGGGCCAUGGACCGGGACAGGACAGGCCACAGGCCGAGGACAGGAGUGGGCCAUGGACCGGGACAGGACAGGCCACAGGCCGAGGACAGGAACGGGCCAUGGACCAGUACAGGACAGGACAGGACACAGGCCGAGGACAGGAACGAGCCAUGGACCAGUACAGUACAGGACAGGACACAGGCCGAGGACAGGAACGGGCCAUGGACCAGUACAGUACAGGACAGGACAGGACACAGGCCGAGGACAGGAACGAGCCAUGGACCAGUACAGUACAGGACAGGACAGGACACAGGCCGAGGACAGGAACGGGCCAUCUUCGGAACAAGCAGACCGCAGGCUGGAUAGGAACAGAUAGGUCACAACUCGACUCAGGGACAGGGCACAGACAUUUGACGAGAACAGACUGUGGCCCGGGAUUAGAACAGGAAGAGGCAUUGGGGGGUUGGAGGAGGUAAUUGGGGCAGUUGUGUCAUUAUAGUCUUUGAAAGAACCAUUUAAACAGUUCCUUUUUCUUUGAAAGUAUUUAAAUAGUUCCCCAACAAAGGACUGCCAUAAAUCUCCGGACUUUUACCAGUGCCUAUUGUACCAUUGUCUAUACUGACAUAACAACAAUAGAGACACACAUAUUUGUACAUGUGGAAAACCUAGGAUACACAAGCGAGCAUCUUUAAUGAAAUUGUGUCCACCCUGAACAGAGACAUAAACAUCAUGGAGGAAUAUUUCUGGCAGUGAUCAUAGAAUCCCAAAGAUAGGCAGGAGUUGGGCCAAAGCCCUCAAAAAAUGAAGAGUUUAAAAGCGAAAUUCAAGAAAAGUGAGAGCCAGGACUGGAGUAAAUAUGACGAGAAGCUACUGCAGGCUGUGGCUGUCUGUGAUGCAGAGAAAGUAGCCUCACUCCUCAAUAAAAGGACUCUCCUCGCGACAAAGCUCGACACCGAGGGACAAUCAGCGUACCACCUGGCAGCAGUGAAGGGUCAUGUGGAUUGUCUGGAGGUCUUCCUGGCACAUGGAGUGGAUGUCACAGCACUGGAUGGCUCAGGAUUGAAUGCUUUACACUUGGCGGCAAAGCAUGGACAUCAUCAGUGUGUGAAAAGACUUCUCCAGGAAAAAUGCCCAGUGAAUGCAGUUGACAGUAAAGGCAGGAUUGCACUACAUCAUGCAGCUCUAAGUGGGAGUUUUUCCUGUGUUCAGACACUUUGUGACUUCAAGGGCCCUAUAAAUGUUUAUGAUGAUGACGGCUGCACUCCGCUGAUUCUGGCUGCACAGAUGAGCAACUAUGAGAUGUGCAGGUGCCUGAUUGUGAGAGGUGGAGAUGUCAACAGCAGGGACAAGCAAGGAAGAACAGCUUUGAUGCUGGCCUGCGAAAACAACAGUGUGGAGACAGUCGAUGUUCUUGUCAGGAGUGGAGCUAACAUCAGCCUUGUAGAUGCUUUGGGCCAUGAUGCCAUUCACUACAGUAUGGUGACUGGAAAUCCAGAAAUUCUGCAGCUACUUCAUGCAGCUCUUCACAGAAACUACUGGAGUAAUGCAGAACCAGAAUUGAGGAGGAGGCAACAUCAGGUUUUGGCAAAAGAGAAAACUACGAGUCCCCGAAAGAGGCAGGCCCCCUUGCCACCAAGCACCCCUUCCACUCAGAGCCCAACAGAAUCCUGUGAGUUUCUCUCCACUGGUGAAUCAACAAGUCCAUCCUAUUCUUCAACAGAAACACUCACACCAAAGAAUGACCAGAGGUUAAGUGAGGAAGUAUUUCAGCUUCAACAAGAGCGACAGCACCUGCUACAAACAAUUAGCAACCUGGAGCAGUUGGUGGACAGAUGCCAGCGGGAGAAGGUGCUUAUUGCAAAAGACAGUGGAAUUCAGAAACUGGAGAGUCAGGUACAGGAGCUCACGAACAAGCUAACUGAGAAGGAGCAAGAACAUCAAGAAGUUACCAAGCAGAUUGAAAUUCUACAGGGCAGACUAUCUUUGCAUGAGCAGGGCAAACAUCAUGAGAACAAUGAGGAUGAAUCAAUGGAUGAGGAAGGAGUGCUCUCCGGUUUUGCAGGGACUGAGAAUCUAUUUUCAGAAAGUAGUCUUAACCAGCCCAGUGAGGAGUGGCUUGGAACUCUGCAGAGGCAAGUAGAGAGUCUCACAAGUGAAAAUCAGGAGCUGCAAGGAAGACUCCAGGAGUUGGAAUAUUUCCAGAAAGGAGCAAAUGAGGGAGAUUCUUCAGAAAGCCUCGAUUUUAUUCCAGUUCUUCUCUACGGUUCGUUACAAGCAGAGUUUGCAAAGUUGAAGGAACAGUAUGAAGAGGCACAAGCUAAAAUUCUGGAGGGAGUUAAUUCAGCAAACUCUGGAAAGUUAGUCCCAAUGGAAGCAUAUGAGCAACUAAAGAUGGAACAUGAGCAAGAAGUUCAAAGGCUACAAGAAGCUCUUGAUGACCUCAGGGCCAAAGUAGACUCGAAGGCAGAAGGUCCAUCCAAAGAUGUGAACUCGGAACUCAAAGACAUGGCAGAACUUGAAGGCCAAGAUGAUGAAGAUCUCAGAAGAAAAUUGAAGGAAACUCAAGAUAAAUAUGAGGUAGCAAUGACAGAGAUUCAUCAACUUGAAGAGCGGAUGCAACGCGGAAUCCUCUCCAUGGUACAAAGUGAAGCUGCAGUGAACACAGAGGGUGUAAGAUCAGUCCCUGAUCAUGAGCAAGAGAAUGUUAAAAUGAAGCUUCUCCAGGCCCUUGAAGCCAAAGAACAGGAAGAAAAGAAGGUGAAAGAACUGGAAGAAAAAGUGUGUGAAAUGGAGAAGACUUGGACUGAUAGUAUUCCUUUGAACGAGUACGAAGAAAUGAAGAUUUCACUAAAUACCUCACUUGAAGAAAUUUCUAAAGAGAAUUCCUUGCUGACAGAGAAAUAUAAUAAAGUAGAAGAUGAACUCAAGGAACUGAGGAGAAGCCUUUUUGGGGAGACCAUUGAAGAUGGUGCUAAAUCAACCAGAGAAGUCAAAGAGCAUCUUGAAGAGCUGAUGAAAGCCCAUGAAGAAUUGCAAGAAAAGUGCGGAGGGCUUCAAACAGAAUACCAAAAGAAAGUUGAAGAACUCGGGUUGGUUCCUUCAACGCAUGUUCCAAAAGAGGAGCAUGAAGAGAUGAAGGAGUCGUUAAGUAGGUCCCUCAGAGAAGCCAACAAGCAGUUCUCUGAUUUAGAAGUGAAACACUGUGAAAUCCAGCAAGAAAUCAUGAGGCUGCAAAAUGAGAUAGAUAACCAAAGGAAAAAUUCUGUACCUAGGAAUGAACACGAAAAGACAAAGGAGUCGCUUGAGAAAUCCCUACAGGAUGCAAAUGGGAUGAUAAAGAGUCUGAAGGAUCAACUGGCUUUGAAGGAAAAGGAAAUGUCUCAACACGAGGAGGAGCUGCAAAUAGUUAAAGGACAAACCAUUCAAAAAGAAGAGCAUGAGAUGAUCACUUCCACCCUGAAGGCCGAGAUAAAUUCUUUGAUAAUUAAGUUAAAUGAUCUGACCAAGAAACAUGAGAAAACCUGCACAGAGGUGUUCCAGGUACAGAGACAGGCACUCUUCAUGAAGAGCGAGAAGCACACUGCAGAGGAGCAGGUGGCCGCAGUGAAGAAACAGCUCGAUGACUUAAAAUCUGAGUCAAAGAAGGUCAUUGAACUGCAUAAACUUAUCGAGGACUCUGCUGGAGUUGUUAAGGAAAAGGAUAAGAAGAUAACUGAACUUACGAAAGAAGUAUCCAAACUGAAAGAGGCUUUGAACAGUUUGUCGGAGCGAACCAGUGCUGCUGUACUCCCUUCCAAACCAGGCUCCCAAUACAACCAGCAGCAUGCAGAAUCCUUACAGAGGCAGGUCAAAGUACUACAGCAGCAGCUGGCACAAGCGGAGAGUGACCAUAGAGCUGUUGUGACCAUUUACCGAUCACAUCUCCUUUAUGCUGUUCAGGGUCGAAUGGAUGAAGAUGUUCAAAACGUGUUACUUCAGAUCUUAAAAAUGCACAAACAUCACGAGCAAGUCAUGUGAAACUUUUUAAGAUGACUCCGCAUUUUAUUGAUAACGAGCUAUUUAUCGCUCACAAUGACAAGGUUAAAAUUUUUCAAGUUAAGGAAGCAGCAGUUUAAAGAGAAUCAGGAAAACAGGCUCUGUGGUGUGGACCCUAUCAUUUUGAAUAGUUAAGAUGGGGAAUUGAAACCAGCAUGGUGGUUGGGUCCGUGAGCGAUGCGGGUCUACAUUGAGUGUAUUGAUGUGGAGCCCAAAACAAUAAAGUGGAGAUACUCAAUGACACUCAAUUAAUAGUCGUCUAUUGCUUCCACAUCCAAAGGUCAGGGGCUCAAAUUUCCUCAGGACAGCAAGCUGGUAUCCAUGGGGGAGGGCUGAUGGUCUGUUACGUCAACACGCAGUAGACAUUGGGGAAUUCUCAAUGGGAGGAUGGGUGUGGUAAAGACAAGCAUAGAACUACAGAGUACGUUGCAGCACUGAAACAACAGAUUCAGUCCAUCUUUUGUUUAUGCUCUCCCGAUUCCCAACCCAUCUGUAUUUUUGCAUUCCAUUCUUGUACUUAUAUGCUUCACAUCAAAUAUCUCCAUGCCAUUUGCCUCAAGCCCCCGGUGAAGAAGUUUCUACCAAAUGUUUCACAGAAUUUAUUACUGGUUUUAUCUAUGACCCCCAGGACUGGUAAUCUUUACUAGUGACUUUCAAAUGCCGUCAGAGAGAAUGCCUGGCCUCCUCCUAAUAUUCUCACUUCCCCCGCCCCUUGGCUUUUCCAUAUAUCUGAAAUGGUGAAAGAGAGGCCCUUGGAGGUUUCCAGGAUGGAAAUGGAACUGUAAAAUCCCUGAUAACUGUACUGGCGUCUUACAGGACCCCAGAUUAUUACAGAUUGAUGCCCUUUGUACCCAGGCUCAUUCCUUGCUCCCACAUCCAGAAUCCAAGGGCAACACUUAACUCUGAUAUGACACCCUCUUUUGGUUUAGUUUUCUGGUGAGUUGUGUAGACCACCAAAGUAGCAGCUGCAAACUCAGCUUAUUGCUGUUUGUGGAAUUUUGUAAUGCACAAAAUAGUUGUUGCAUUUUCUAUAAACUGUAGUGAUGGCAUUUCCAAGUGAUUGAGUUCAUGAGUAGUGUUCUGUCUGUAUAUAAAUGCAAGUACUUUUA